AUGGCCUCCGGAGGAGUCUGGAACACCCAGCGUUCCUUUCUGGCUCAGCUGAGGGACGGCAGCCUGGAGGCCUGGGGACACCCAGAUUAUGGUGCCCCGAUCCCAGCCGACAUCAUAGCCUCCGGGCAGAAACACGGCCUGAAACGGGCUUGGUCUACGUGGCAAGGUGGCUUUUUAGUGGAGCUGCAGAACGGGGAGUUUCACGCCUGGGGAAACAAGGAAAAAGGUGCCGACAUCGACGCCGUGAAGGCCACGCUGGAACGCGAGGGCGUCGUGCAGAUUUGGAGCACCGGACAAGCUUUCCUGGCAGAGUUGACGAGCGGCAAGGUGCUCACAUGGGGCAGGGCAGAUUACGGCGGCGACGUCGCCACCUCGGUGCGGGAGGCCCUAGAAGCCGAAGGGAUCCAGCGCGCCUGGUCCACACGCGGUGCCUUCAUCGUGGAACUGAAGAGUGGCCGAGUGGUCGCCUGGGGCGAUUCCGACUACGGAUCCCAAAUCCCCUCCGACGCCCAAGCAGCGAUGCGAACCAAAGGCCUCCGCGACAUUUGGACGACGCGCGGUGGCGCCGUCGUGGCGCAGCUGAACACCGGAGAAGUGAUCUCGUGGGGAGACACCCGCUGUGGCGCCGACCUCGGCGGCGUGAAAGAUCGGCUGGAAGCCGCGGGAGUUCGACGCAUGUGGAGCACUCUUGAAGCCUUUUUGGCGCAGCUGAAGACGGGCGAAAUCCUGUGCUGGGGCGCCAAAAAUUAUGGCGGUGCGCUCCCCGCGGGGACGAAAGAAGCGCUGGACGCCCACGGAGUCGCCCGCGCAUGGAGCACCAACCGUGCAUUCCUGGCGGAGCUGACGAACGGCUCCGUGGUGGCCUGGGGAGUCGAAUUCUUCGGUGCCACGAUCCCAGACGACUUGCACGGCUCCUUGGAACGCGAGGGGAUCCGCGAGGCCUUCGGCAUGGGCGCCGCCUUCCUGGUCGUUUUGAAGAGCGGCCGCUGCGUCGCGUGGGGCCAUGACGACUACGGUGCAGACCUGAGUUCCGUCAAGGACAAGUUGGAGACGGUGGGCCUGGCGCUUUCAGCGCCUGCAGCUCCGGCCGCCGUGCACAGUGGAGAUGGAAGCUCAGCUCCUGCGGCUCCUGCACCAAGCGGAUGUCCGGCCUUUUGCCGAAGCGUCGAUCUGUCGCCGGUGGUGGUGAAGCUCACGGAGAAGGUCUCCAACUCCAGCUGGGUGAGCAGGGCUAUGGUGAAGGUGGAUGAUCAGGAGGUGCCGGCUGUGGUCAAGGCCAUGCGGCUACCGCAGGCUGAGAAGGAGAAGAAGAACAGGCAAUUGCUACGCCUGAAGGAGGUUCGGCAUGACAACCUCGUAAAGAUUCUGGACAUCUUGUUCGAGGGGGCCUUGAUUUGCACAGUCACCGAGCCUGCUCCCAGGUGUUUGCGACAAUUGCUGCAAGCACAACCUUCACUGGCUCAGCAGCAACAUUUGCCGUUGGCGCAUGGGAUUGCAUCAGCCAUGGCGUGUUUGCACGAUCUUCCAGAGCCGAUUCUGCACCAAGAGCUGAAACCGGAGAACGUCCUCAUCUUCGAAUCCGCUUCCAAGUUGAUCCCCAAGAUCACCGACGUUGGCUUCAACGGCGGCCAUGGUGUGGGCGCUUUGGCCUACAAAGCGCCUGAGAUCUUCGACGGACAGUUUCAGGCAGCCUCAGAGGUUUACGCCUUCGGCGUGGUUUGCUUCGAGAUUCUCACUGGCCAGCGAGCCUGGGAAGGGCGGACGGACUUUCAGAUCAUGAAAGCUGUUGGUUUUGAUCACGAACGUCCUCACAUGGACGAGCAGAAUGCGAAGACGGUCUUGGGUAAAAUCAUCAAGGACUGCUGGGCUCCAGACCCCGCGGCCCGGCCGCGCUUCGCGGCGCUGCCGAAGCACCUGAAGCUGCGGAAGCUGCCCGCGCAGCUGUCCACGGCGGUGCCCGGCUAUUGGUCGGGCAGGGGCGAGGACCUGGAGCAAGGCUGGGCCGCGAUCCCCGUGGCGGCGCCCACCUUUGCAGCGUUGCGGCGGCUCUUCGUGGUGACGCAGCCGCAGGAUCUGGGCAGAGGCCGCGACGCCGGCCAGUACCCGCGGAGGUACAGCAACCUUCAGCUAUGGAGCGCCUGGCAGAUUGAACAUCACAACCUUUGGGAAAAGUACAUGGCUGAGCGCAAUGAUGUGCUGCGAAAUUUGCAGCGGCUUGAGAGAGACUCCAUAGAGACAUCAGUUUGGAAGAGCAAACUGGAAGAUGCCUCAGCUGGAAUGCCAGAUGAAUUGUGUGCGCCCAUUGGCGAGAAAUACCUUUUGCACGGAACGCUGCCAGAGCACUUGCUGCACAUCCUGGAUCAAGGUUUCAACGACAAGCUUGCAAGUUCAAAAGGGAUGUUCGGAGCUGGCGCCUACUUUGCUGAAGAUCCAGAGAAGAUUGAUCAGUACACCCGGCCCGAUCCGGGCUACGAGAGCCCUGGGCUGGAAGAUGUGCAUUCGCGCCUGUACCGCCCGGGUGGACAUCAACAUCCAGGACACGACGUUUUCUACUGCUUCGUGGCUCGGGUGACCUGCGGCGCGACCUUCGUGACCAAAGCCUUGAAGGACUCAGCAGGACAGCUCCGAGGAGGCUCUUUGCCGAAGGUGUACGACUUUGACUCCGACUUCCAAGUUUUUGCUAACGCCGAGCGCAGAGAACUCACCACGGUGCCGAACUCCAGUCCACCGGUCCGCUACCACACCCUGCUGGCGGAGCUGGGUCCGGCCAUCGGACGACACCGAGAGGUCAUCUCCUACCUCUCCAAUGGGGCAUAUCCAGCUUUUCUCUUGGCCUACGUGAGACAGUGA